GUAAGGGGCUGUGCAGCAUUUCGCCAGCUACGAGGGGUGUGGGAGGGCAGAGUCCGGGACCCUUCACCGUGCUACAUGUGUCAGGUGUGCAGGUAAAACAAUAAGCACUACCCUUCCUUAUCUCACCCCUCCCCACCCUGCGCAGCAUGACCUACACAGCAGAAUGUGGAUUGGCCACAUCCCAGUGUUAGCUGGAAACUAACGCCCUGCAAUGUUUGCUCACUGAGAGGGGGCACAGAUACCCAGCGCUACUCCCACUUGUCUCAUAAUAGUUGAUACUAAAAUAGCAAAUAUGAAAUCCACAGUAUGGUGGCAAGAAGCCCACUUUUCAAGAUGCUUGUAUCGUAACUUUUCUUGUUUUUUGUUGUACAAUUGAAAUUUCCACGGUUUUGGGGGGUUUUUUUGUUCAAGGAUUUAUUUUUAAAGCAUGGGUGAGUAAAAUGCUGUAUCAAUGUAUUGCUUGAGAACAUCUAUUCUCUAAUUCUGCAAUUGUGUGGAUGUGUACUAAUGCAGGACAUGCAUCAGUUUUUGUUCACUGACAAAUUAUAUAUGCUUUUCUUAAUUUCCUUCCCUUUCAUAAGGGGUUAAAAAAAAUCAUCGUUUUCAUUGUUACAUCUGGUUUUUUAGAGUAGUCAUUGUAAUUACACAGUGUGGGAGGUCCUAUGGUUCAUUGACCGUCUUUUGUCUGAAUCACACUAAUAUUUUAUCUCGCCUUGUCAUCUACAGGUUGUAAAAACAAGACAUGAUGGUGGAAUCUGCAUCUGAGUCCAUACGAUCCACACCGAACAGUCAGAACGGAGUCGGCAGCCUCCCCAACCAAUCAGAUGGAAGCGGAGGGAGGGACGUUGGGGCAAGUGGAGAGAGCAAUGGAGAAUUGACUCCAGCAGACCUCCUGCACUUCCAGCAGCAGCAGGUAAUGGGGGGCACAUGUCAUAUGAGAAAUAGCAUGUGGAUUACUGAGCGGUUGCAAAUGGUGUGUCCUCUCCUUCAAUAAAACAGAUGCAAAUAAACCAUUGGGCAAAUCUUUCCAUGCUUUGAGGUAUCUGCACAAGUGGAGGAAAUCAAAACAUUAAUUUACUGAGCUAAUUUAUAAAUCAUUGGUUGCAUCUUUACUCACCUGUCAGUCUUGAUUAUUGGCUCUUUUAAAUUACCCCAUUCCUGUUUAUUCAUGAUUUACCAGCAUCACCAUAUAAAGAAUGUCUGUGGCUGUGACGUAAAGUGUGAAACCUAUUGUCUCCACAUGUUUAAUAAAUAACACAUCUAGAAGACGUAUUGUAGGGUGACACGGUGACUUUAUAUUUACAAGUGCUUGUUAUAAUGCUGAUAGUUUGGUAACCAAACAGGGCUGGAUAGAAGUAAGGUGAAUAUUACUUUACUGCUCUUGUGGCUUGCAGGGUAACAAUAAAAUGCAAAAAUAUGGGGAUUAUAUAUCAAAAGUGUUCUGUUCAAAAAAGUACUCUGAAACAGGGCUCAAAAUUUCCAUUCUGCACUAACCAUUGGCGAGUGAGAAUUUAGUCCUGGCAAGUAGAAAUUCACCCUUGCACUAUAACUUGCAGUGGCCAGUAACCUUAAGGCCUGGCUAGCCUCAUAGGACCUCAAGUUUUAAGCUCUGCUCUAAAGUACUAAUAGUCAUGCAAUCACCAUCGAAAUCAGUGGGGUCAGCAGGAACAUUCCAUUGAUGAUCCCUCCCCUUUUACAUUUUUGCACCACUUUUUAGAAUAGAAUACUUCGAUAAAUAUUCCGCAAGGUUUCUGUAUAAAUGACAUAGUAGAAAUCAUGACAAUCCUGCUGUUGUGGACUAAGUUUCCUAAUUCUUAGUGAGCAUUAUGGAGAGCAAGGUCCACAACAUUUGGAGAGCUAUUACUUAUAAAUAUUACAAUACUAACAAAAUGCCCACUCCACAAUGUACACCUUUCAAAAUUAAGACAGAACUGAGAAAUUAAGAAACCUUUCAGAAAGACAUUAUGGAGUAAGUCAGAAGAACCCAUGUAAUGGAAUUAAAAAUGUUGGGGGAGAAAUUGGUUAUGUAAAGCAGAGAAGUGAAGUUGUAGAGAGGAUUACGUUCAUGUGUUGACAUGGAAUAUAAUAGAAAUGACUCACAUUCAAUCAUAGAUAAUCUAGGUACUACAGAUGUUUUUGAACUACAAGAAGUUCUAGAUCUACUGAGGGACAUUGCAAAUGUAACAGGCAUCUUGAGUUCUACGGUUACCAUAUUCUUAUUGGCUUGCAAGUAAGAGUUUGAUUUUGUUUGUACUCCUCUUCUUUCUCAGGCUUUACAGGUGGCACGACAGCUUCUUCUGCAACAGGCAACAGGACUGAGCACCCCCAGCAAUACGGAGAACAAACAGCCGUCCGUUCAGGUGGGCAUUUUUAAACAGGUACAGAGUGCAACAUGGUGAUGUUUGCAGGUGGAAGUGUCUAGAUCGCUUGCGAAUUAAAAUCUUUGAAUGCCACAGGUUCCAGUGUCGGUGGCAAUGAUGUCUCCACAGAUGAUCACACAGCAGCAGAUGCAGCAGAUCUUGUCUCCUGGUCAGAUCCAAGCUGUUCUUCAGCAGCAGCAGGCCCUAAUGCUUCAACAGGUGAGAUCUGGUUUGAGUCCACCAGUGCUUUGACACAAAUAACUAAUAAAGCCAGUGACCAAGGUUAAAACCUCUUGUGUCGUGCUACACUCGCUAAUUCUGCAUGAUCCAUAAACUUUGUAGAGGUUGCCAUCUGAGAACAUGAAACAGUUCUGCAAGUUUACAGUGCGGUCUGUCCACUAGGGGGCAGGAUUGCAGAAAGUAACAACGCGUUAUGCCAUUAAAGCAUCAGGGUCUCACUAAAAUGUGUUUAGUAAACAAGCAAUUUAAAACACUUUGACAUCGUAUGGUAUGCUUGUGAUAUUGUCUUGGUAAUAAUUGUGCUGUUUUCUCAGUUCUCAUAGUUUCUCCUAUUGCCUCUACAGCUGCAGGAAUAUUACAAAAAGCAGCAGGAACAACUGCAUCUCCAGCUUCUCUCCCAGCAACAAGCAGGGAAGCAGCAUCAGCAGCAGCCCAAAGAGGUUAGUUGGUUUGGAGAAAGAUCUUUUAGCUGUGAAUCCUUAGUUUUAGAUCAAUGCUGAUUGUAAGCAUAGUCUCGUAUAUUUUACACCUGAGCUUUCGGUUGAGUGCUCUUGGUAAUAGUAUGAGAAACGCCGGCUUGCUUGUUGGCACAGGCAUUAUCGGAGUUGUCAUUCUACAGUAAGAGCUACCUGGUACAGAAGCUGUUGUUUGUUGAAAAAACAGCCGUUUAUGCCUUAAAAAGUGCAGUUUUUUGGGGUGGGUAUUAUGUGACUGAAAACUCUGGAAAUUGAAUACUACUGAAUGCUGUCAAAAUCACGUAAUUAUUUUAACAGGAGCACCUACCGAGAUAUAACGUGGAUGAUCUCUGUAUUUUGCAGCCAGUAUUGGGGAACAAGCAGAUUGCUUUCCAACAACAGCUUUUACAGAUGCAGCAACUGCAGCAGCAGCACUUACUAAACUUGCAGAGACAGAGUAUGGUGGGACUGCAGUCCGGACAGGGACCAAUGUCCUUGCAAAACCUUUCACAAGGUAAACCUUUACUGACCUAAUUUCCCCUCUCACCUUGUCCUAUCACUGUCUAGCUAUACUAUGAUCUGUUACACUAUAGUCAUUUCAUCGCAUAUAAUUCAUAAAGAUAGAUCUGGCUGAACCCAUGUUACCUUAUUGCACUCUUACCUCCUGCCCCCUUCAGUUUCCAGCUCUUUAAAGUAGGGACCAACAUGCCCAACACAUGCUGGUGCAGAGCUUCCCCAAAUCUAGUCAAACUAAUGACACGCUCUUGUGGCCAUAUUUGACCUUUUUCUCUUCCAGCUGUUUCACCAUCAGAUCUACAACAGCUCCUGAAAGAGAUGGCCAACAGUCAGGAGGAAUCCUGUAAACAGGACAGUGUAGACCUGACCACCUCAAUCACUACCUCGUACCCAACCAAGGUAUCACCUCCCACAGCUCAUCCCUCACUUCCUAAUGGGCAGGGUGCCCUACAGAAUACACGCAGGGACAGGUGAGUGUUAGACAUCAAGUGAAACUCUGGCAAAUUAAAUUUGCAGUCUUUGUCUUUUCAUAUUGUUUUGGCACUUUGUAAGCUGUGAUUGUUCUAGUUCCCUUAUGUGCCUGGGAUCUGUGGCAUUAUCACUCUUUAUCAAAGUCGCUUUUCUUGAGGUGCCAAUCCCUAAUUUACACCUUUGCUUAGGUUAGGUCUUGUUGAUAAAAAAGACCCCCAGUCCUGAUUCUGUUUAUAAUAUAGCUCAGUAUAUGAUAUUAUUUUCCUGUGUGUCGUGUUUAAUUUUCUCUUUGUCUGUUGGGUGUACAAUAUUUUUUUCUAAAGUGGAGAUUUGCCUGUUUCACUAAGUCUUUACUCGUGCAGUCUCUGCAGAAAUUUAAAAAAAGGUUUUACAUACUUACUUUUUUCCUCUCUCUCAUUGCAGCUCCUCACAUUAUGAGUUCACCCCUAAUUCUCAUCCUCUUUAUGGACAUGGUGAAUGUCGGUGGCCAGGUUGCGAGGCUCUCUGCGAGGAUAUGGGCCAGUUUAUCAAGUCAGUAUUCAUGGUGCAUGUGUCCUUUUUGAAUGCCACUGAAUGUGUAGUCAUACAGACAUCAACAUAUUGCAUUGCAUUAUAUAAAAGAUGUUAAACAUGCUUAAACACACACAUAUUGCAUUGCAUUAUAUAAAAGAUGUUAAACAUGCUUAAACACACAAGUCAUCACACAUUGUUAACACCAUUUGUGUCUGCUUCCCUCCAUCUCCUAUUUCUUAACUCCUAGAAGAAUUAUUAACCGUAUAUAAGUCUGGGUUGUGAACCAACUCAUCAUUUCAUUCAUUACCGCAACUACAAAUACCUAUACUUAUAUAUUGGUGAUGGAACUUCAAUCAGGGGCCAAAGGGCCAAACAUCUGAAAUAGGCAUCCUAAUCCCUAACUUACAAACAACCAUUGUAUGAUGCCCUGAUCCCCAACUUACAAACAUAAUCCAGCAGAGAGUCACAUCAAUGUGAAAAAGUUAGGUAGGCAAAUUAAGCAUUUAAAAAAAAAAAAAAUAUAUAUAUAUAUAUAGUACAAGUUCCUUUACAAUCUGGGUUAUUUUCUCUCACAUCCUGUUAUUAUUAUAAUAUGAUUCUGUGUUGUCACAUGCAAUAAACAUGAUGACCUGAAACAUCUGUCAUGCUGUGUGGCACCUGCACAUUGGGGAAACUUUUAAUGGCAAAACAGGUGGUAUUCUGAUUAUAAAGUGUUAAAUGAAUGAGACAAUCUAUUGGUUUCCAUGGCGAUUGCUCCUUAUUUAGUACAUUUCCCCAGAAGAGCACCUGUUUUUGCCUUGAUAAAUUUCCCCCAUUGUGGUAAUAGCAACCUGCAAGCAGUGAUGUAAUUGUUGAUGUGGUGUCUCCAAACUCUCAUGUGCCCCUAGGGGACCAUUUAUUAUUUAGGAUUCUAAAACUGCCCCAGAUGAAUCUAUAUUCCGCAAAAUUUAUAUGCCAAAAUUGUAGGUUUUACAUAGCAAAGGCUUUCAGCAAAUAUAUUAUCCCAUUAUUAUUAAUGUGGUGCACGCGGUGUGUGAUAUAUAUGACUAUAUUGAAUGUCAGUUGCUUUGAAAAUUUGGGAUCAAACGUGUCUCAGGACCAUUGGGAAAUGUUGUGGGGAGUGGUUAAUGUUUCAGGGGGUAACACACUUAUGUAACUUCCCAAUGCACAUUUUUUUCCCCUAAAAGUGGUUGCACUGGGGCUCUGAUUUCUCCAGCGGUGGUCAGUCAUAUAACCUUGCAAUGCCAAAUUAUAAUACUAUAUGUUUUAUAGCUAGGUUCCCCAACCAGUUCAUGGAUUGGUUAUAAAUCUGGGGUGUAUGGUUAAAAAAAAAUUCAAAAAAAAAAAGAAAAUAAAUAAAAUAUAAUAUUGACAAAGAUAAUGUUUAUCUUAUUUUUCGUUGUCUCUUACAUUCGGUUCUGCAAUGUUUUGUUUCUUUCUGGAUAUCUGUGAUAAAUUUAAAAGAGUGAUAGAUAUGGUAAAACACAAGCUACGUAAGUUAAUGGAUAUAGCAUCUGGUCACUUGAGAUGAGACGCUGGGAUAUGGAAGAGUAAAUAUCAAGGGGAAGCAGCCGAGUGGAGAGAGCAGUGUAAAUAUUAGGUGUAAGAUCCGUGGACAUGCUAUUUGAAUUUAAAGUAGUAUUUCCAUGCUAGUUUUGUUUCUGCAUUUGCUCGAAUUAAUACUUCUAGAUCAAGAAUUCCCCAAAUCCUCUGCCUACCAACAGAAACAUAGCUUGAGGGCAGAGGUUAGACAUCUCUGAUAUAGAUCAAUAUGUACACCAAUUCUGUAUGCGGAUAAAUACAUAGGUCAUGACUUUUAAACUCCAACAUCUGUCAGCUUCUACCCAUGGAGAUAUUUUAGAUUUCUCUUAACAUGUAGCCAAAACAUUUUUAUAGUCUGCCACUAAGCAAUGUGCUAAGUGCUCAUCAAUUUUAUUGUGAGCCUUGAGGGUUGCUGUUCAAUUACCCUGAGAAGUGGUGUCACAUAUGGCGCCUCGGCCCAUGGGAAGCAUAUUAGUUAUUGAAAUAUUUAUAAAACAGUGCUUAAUUUGUUCAUGUAAACUGCAUGUUUUGUGAAUAUACUUUUUCCUGUGGCUUUGCAGGCACCUGAACACAGAGCAUGCGCUCGAUGAUCGUAGCACGGCACAGUGCCGAGUACAGAUGCAGGUGGUUCAACAGUUGGAGAUACAGGUGAGGGGCAUCAGUCAUUUUGGGUUGGGCUUUAGGGAAAAAAUUAGUAGUUGGUCUUUAUGGAAAAUAAUAAUUGUCUGGACUAACCAGUAAAUUAUUUUUUCUGCUAGCUUGCAAAAGAGAGCGAGCGGUUACAGGCCAUGAUGACCCAUCUGCAUAUGAGACCUUCAGAACCAAAACCUUUCAGUCAACCAGUGAGUAUCCAAACUAUAAUACUUUCUCAGUCUUGAUUCUUGUCUAUUGGCCACAUACUUACUGCUUUCUAAACCUGAUGCCCUCUAUUACCCUUUUUCUAACAGCUGAACUUGGUGUCCAGUAUUUCCCAUACCAAAAUGUCACCGGACACUUACCCAGACGGCUUACCUCAACCCCCCACCUCAGCAACAGCCCCCAUAACUCCUCUAAGACAGGGCACAUCUGUGAUAAGUUCCUCAAGCCUUCCCUCUCUUGGUCCUGUGCGCAGAAGGAUAGUGGACAAAUUCUGCACUCCUGUAUCCUCAGGUAAGAUCAUGAGGAUAAUCAUUUGUACUUCUAGAUCUCUUAGGUAGAAUUAUUCAUUGUUAAUUUCUGUGAUCAUCCUCGUUAUAAAAAAUUAGCUAGUAUGUUUUGGUUGCUCACCACAGUAAAUGAGACACAAUACAGAAAUGUUUAACCUAAAAGUAGAACAAUUAUCAUAGGAGUCAGGGACUGUUGCUGCUGAUUCCAUUGGUUUUAACGGUCAUUGUUCCACUUUUAGACCUUUGCUUCUCUAGCAACGAGAGUUCUUCUUUUAUGUCAUUUGUUUCCUGGUCUCUUCAAGUAAUAUGAACGUUAUAGAAUUAAGUAACCUGAAUGCCAGUUUGUUUCUUUUACUUAAUUGCCUCAGGACACCAUUUGUUAUCUUUCUAAUCGCAUUCAUCCUACCUUUUUUUGUAACAUUCUCCAAAUAACCGUCAACCUUGCUUUCUAUUGUGCUCCUUUUUUUCCACCAUUCUUUUCAGUGUUAUCUAUGUUACUGAUCCAGCUUGUCUUGGUUCUCUAAAAAUCUCUUUUCUGUAGAACUUACAAAAUAACAUUAGUUUUCAAAUUCUCAUAAUUUUUACAAUGCCUUUGCUAAACACUAUUGAAAUGUAUUCUGUGGCCAAAUAUGCAAUAUGAAGAAUAAGUAAAACUUCCGAUGCACAUAUUAGAGGCGGACAUUGUUAUGUCAGAAUAUUGUUCCCAUGAUUUCCCUUGCUCAAAUUAUUCAAACGUAAUUUUAUUCUGGUUCUCAAUGGCAUCCAUCAGGAUCCAGAUCAUGAGUGCAAGAUUUUAGAGAUGUUUAGACGUGUAGUUAAUGCAGCAAUUAGCCAUAAGUAGCACAAACAACAACUCACCAUGACUGUACAUUUUUUGAUAUUUAUGAUAUUUUUUAUUUUUUUUAACUCAAACCACAUACUUGACAUAUACACAAAACACUUAUUGGAAAAUGUAAUAUGGCAUAAUAUGUCAUUAACAUGUGGAUUGAGUUUUUUUUUUAUUAAGUAGACAGAUGGCAUAGUGCCUAUAUAAGAAAACAAAGCGAAAAAUAAUAACAGAAACAUAUGCACUGACUACACUUUAAACUUAAAAUAGAGUGACCAAAGGGAACUCCCUUCGAAAAAGACUGGUGUUUAACCUCAUGUGAGGGACUAAUACCGAUCCAGCUACCCCACGGACUUAACACAGUCAAGAGAUGCCAGGCUAGGUAAGGGCAGAGAUCUUUCACGGGGGUCUCUUGAUUUGGUACCCCGAAUAGGCCCUGGAGGACAACUGUACCAGCCCUGAGCUUUGGAAGGAGCCAACACCUUUGCUCAAUGGACCCAGCGACUAAUAGUGCUCCAGUCUAUUUCCCUCCAUAGGCAUGGGGUAGUGUGUUGAGAACAUCCCUCGAAUGGCUCUCUGGUGUAGAGGGUAAGCUUUAGCUUGUUUGAGCGUUGGUUAAAUUCAAAAUUCACAGAUUCUAUCAAAGGUUGCCAAAACCUCUGCAGUUUGAGAGUUACGCUGCAGGACAUACAGAUUCUCGGCCAUCUUGAUAAUAAAGAAAGCCCAGUCGGCCCACCAAUAAACAGACACCUCCUUUGUGUGGACCGAGAUAAUCCCCACCACUCCAAAGGGGUGGAAGUGGGGAGCCAACAAGUCGUAAGACUGGUACACAUAGAGGUAGGGAGUGCCUGCCUCCCUGCCACUCCGUUUUCAGAGUAGGCCCUGGGUCUCUGGAGCUUCAAGGUCGCUCAGAAACUACUCCAAAACGCUCAAUAGGUUUAAACUUCUCUAAAGACACAAAAUUCUGCUUAUCCUUCAGAGCUCAGGCACAGUGCAACCUGUCAGCAUGGCUAUCAGACCCUGCCCCCUUACUCUAUGAUAUCUUUUACUGUUUUCUUCAUUAUUUUUUGCUUGGCAUCUAAAAGACUUCCAUUUGGAAGCACUGAAUACACUUAUGUUGUCGUUGUUUUUUUUGUUCUUUGUGGAUCUCCUGUUAUCCUUUAUUACCUUAUAUUUCUAACUGAAGACUAUGUGCAUAUCUAUGAACAUUUUUCUGACCUGGAGAAAAAAUACUUUUUCAGAGUGAAAAUUGUUGUGAAUCCAAAGUGAAUUUCAACUGAAAUGCCAAAGUAGCUAAUUGGUAGCAUAGUUUACAUGUAGAUAUUUUCCAAUUUGCCUAUUUUGGCCUUAAAUUUGACAUUCACUUAGAAUUCCCAACAUUUCUCACUUUAGUGAAUAACUCAUUUUGUAUUUCACAUGUUUUUUUUCUUCAUUUGUGUGUAUAGAGUUAUUUAUAUAUAUAUAUAUAUAUAUAUAUAUAUCACCUUUGAGCCUAAGUGGAUAUUUUAAAGAAAUAAUAUAAAUAAUAAUAUAAUACUUCAUACUAACUAAAUCCAGUUUCUAUAUUUUUCUAAAUUAGAGAGUGUAAUGUAAUGUUGUAGAAUUGUUUAAGGGCACAUUCAUUAUGGAGGAUUGAACCCCAAGGCCCUGCUAAAGCAGAGUUCCAGAUCUGUGUUUCUCUUCAUAGAAAGGGAACUCCUAAAAAUCUAAAUUUAAAGGUAUUAUACCACAGUCUAUUCUGGCUUCAGUAUCUGGCCCAGUGGCUCUCAGCCUUUGUAAUAUUGUUUUACUCAUCUUUUAUGCAUAAAAAUGAGGUAUUUCCAUCAUAUUUCCUGUUUUUUUCAAUAUGUCAAAGCUUUACUUAACCUCAUGUGUUUUGUUGAUUGUCUUGCAUAAACUCAAUAAAAAAAAAGGAUUGACAAAAAUAUAUAUAUAUAUAUAUACAUAAAUAUAUGCCUAUCUUUUAUUAAAUUUAAGAAAUGGCUAAAGUUUUGUUAGCAAUUUAUGUGUGCGAUAUACGAUUAUCUUUUAAUUUCCAUCUUCAUGUUCAUUACGUUUAGCACUUAUAGCUCUGGUAUCUUCAACGUCCUAUUUAGUGACCUUGUUUUGUCUUCUUCACUCUCCACUCUUUCAGAGCUUGCUCAGAAUCACGAGUUCUAUAAGAAUGCAGAAGUCCGACCGCCAUUCACAUAUGCCUCUCUCAUCCGGCAGGUCAGAGCUCACAGAUAUACCUGGGGAGUUGAUGAUGUCAAGUGAUUUUUGCUUACCAAACAUGCAUUGUAACAACAUGUAUGUGUUAACCUUUCAUUGUGCUCCUCUUAGGCUAUCCUGGACACCCCCGACAGGCAGCUGACACUAAAUGAGAUUUACAAUUGGUUCACACGGAUGUUUGCCUACUUUCGGAGGAAUACAGCUACAUGGAAGGUGAGAAGGUUUAUCCUUAUAACAUCAGUUUGAGCUUCCAUUUCAUGUAAGAUAUUGGUAUCAGGGCCGGACUGGGAAGAUAAUUCGGCCCGGGCAUUUUUUAAUUACAGCGGCCCACUACAAAGGGGGCGGGGCCAGAUAGGGUGUGUUUUGUCAUCACCAAUGACAAGCACGCCCCAUCACAAAGUGAGCAUGUUGGUUCAAUGCUCUUCCAGGGUAGACCAUGCGCAGAGCUCUGCUGAAGAGCUCUGGCAUGAGAAAAAGACCCUGUAUUUGUUCUGCACAGCGCAAGCAAAUUCAAUAACAUGCUUGCACUGUGUUUGCUUGAAAUUUGUCUCUGGUGUCUCCAUAGUUGGCAUACCAGGAGACAAAAAUGCUAGGAAAGCAUAUUGUGCAGUGUGUGUGAGGGUGCUGUGUGUGUGUGUAAGGGGUGUAGUGUGUGCGAGAGGGGUGCAGUGUGUGUGAGGUGUGUAGUGUGUGAGUGAUGGGUGCUGUGUUUGCGUGAGGCUGCUAUGUGGGUAAGGGUGCUGUUUGUGUGUGCUGUGUGUGAUUGGGUGCUGUGUUUGCAUGAGGGUGCUAUGUGCUUGUGAGGAAGCUGGUGCAGUGUGUGUGUGUGUGUGUGUGUACUGUAAGUGUUAGGGGUGCAGUGUGUGUGUGCUGUGCGUGUCAGGGGUGCAGUGAGUGUGUGCUGUAAGUGUUAGGGGUGCAGUGUGUGUGAGUGAGGGUGCUGUGAGUGUGUGUGUGUGUGCUGUGAGUGUCAGGGGUGCAGUGUGUGUGAGUGUGUGAGUGAGGGUGCUGUGAGUGUCAGGGGUGCAGUGUGUGUGAGUGAGGGUGCUGUGAGUGUCAGGGGUGCAGUUUAUGUGAGUGUGUGAGUGAGGGUGCUGUGAGUGUCAGGGGUGCAGUGUGUGUGUGUGAGGGUGCUGUAAGUGUUAGGGGUGCAGUGUGUGUGUGCUGUGUGUGAGUGAGGGUGCUGUGAGUGUGUGCGUGUGUGUGUGUGUGUGAGAGAGGGUCAGUGGGUGCAGUGUGUGUGUGUGCUGUGAGUGUCAGGGGUGCAGUGUGUGUGUGUGUGUGUGCUGUGAGUGUGUGUGCAGUGUGUGCUGUGAGUGUCAGGGGUGCAGUGUGUGUGUGCUGUGAGUGAGGGUGCUGUGUGUGUGUGUGAGGGUGCUGUGAGUGUCAGGGGUGCAGUGUGUGUGUGUGAAUGAGGGUGCUGUGAGUGUUAGGGGUGUCUGUGAGGCUGAUGUGAGUUAGGUGAUAUUUCCCCUCCCUGCUUACCUUUAGCCUGGGGGGGGGGUCCUGCUGCUGGGGCUGCCAUCCAUCCCUGGUGGUCUUAGUGGUGAGUGAACUCUAGCCAUCUCGCGCGAGGGUUCCUCUGCUGGCCGGCUGGCUCCCUGCCGGCGGCCGCAAUAUCCUGCAUGCAGGUAUUUGCCCGGUGUGCCCGAUGGCCAGUCGGGGCCUGAUUGGUAUUAAGUGUUAUCUGAUAAUAUAGAACCUGUGCUUCCUGCUACAUGUUCUUUAUAGUUGUGAAGAACUCUUACAUGUUUGCCUUCAGAGCUCGGGGUGACCAAGUUACCCAUUUAAAUAAAGCCUAAGGCAGGGGUAGGCAACCUUCUGCACCCUUGAUGCUCUGCCAGCAAUAUGGCUGUAAGAGCAUUAUGGGAGAUGAAGUGCACAGCAUCUGGAGUGUCGAAAGGUUACCUACCCCUGGCCUGAGGGAUAUAGUGUCACUAUCUGUUUCAUGCAAGCGGUAUUUUGCAAAGUUUUGAUAUUUUAGUUUUGCAUUUGUAGAGUUCAUUUUUCCAUAAGGCAAGUUUGGAAACAACCAAAAUACUUUUAUCAGCCAUAUUUACUGUGUUGCAAACAUAAUAUAUUCAUGAGUAAAUUGAAAAUGUUAGGUCAAGACUGUGGCGGCUCUAGACUUUGUAAGGCCUUAGGCGAAACUCAAACAUGAGGCCCCCACUAACACCCAAAGUGGAAAAAAAACAAAUAGGGGUUGCAUUGUGUGUAAAAGGUGCUGUAGUUGCAUUUAAGGACAAGCUUGCAGCACUGGAUACAGAGACCUAGUCUCUGAAUUCAUUGUUCAGAGGCUUGCAGUGUUGCGGCUCCCUGUGCCGUUGUGUUGUGAGCUCUCCGACUGUAGUUAUGGCAUAAUUUGCAAACUAAAUUAAUUUGCAAUAAACAAAUUUAAUUAGCAAUUAUGCUAAUCAUUUAUACAUGACUGCGGGGUAUGAUUACAUAGAUGGAGGAGCAGUAACGGGGUGGGGGGAAGGAGGGGCAGUAACAACGGGUGUGGGGUAUGGAGGGGCAGUAACUUGGAGUGAGAGGCAGUGACAGGGGGUAGGGGGAUUGGAGGGGUAGUGACAGGGGUUGGGAUUUGGAGGGACAGUAACAGGGGGUAAGAGGGUGGAGGGGCAGUGACAGGGGGUAGCAGGAUGGAGGGGCAGUGACAGGAGGUAGGAGGGUAGUAUCAGGGUGUAGGGGAGUGGAGGGGGUGAUAACCAAGCUGUAAAUAUAAGUGGGAUAGAUACGUUUUAGUUUUUCUGAACUUUGGCCUAAACACCCUUUAUCAGUUAUACACAAUACCAAAAGGUUUUUUUUUCCCUUGGUGGUAAUUUUCCAAAUGGAGAUGAAUAGCUAUAAAGCUCAGUCUUUUUCUUAUGAUAGAAAUACUUGCGUUUAUUGUGCUGGGAUUUUACUGUAAGUUCUACAUUGACUUAUGAGAAAAGUCUCGGUUGACAAAAUGUGGAGCAUCCUUGGGUCUAUCAGUCACAAAAGAUUGGCCAUAGACCUCAUUGUUGUAUUCUUGUGUAAGAGUGUAAUGUUGGCUACUGGUGGAUGAAGCUUUUUGUGUGUUCUCUGGCAUUAACGAGACAAUUUAGUUUUUUGUUUAGACAUUUUGUUUUUGUUCACUGCUUGCUUUGAUUCCCAAGGAAUAGUUUUGCCUUUUCUGUCUAUAAUGCCUGUUUAAUCUAAUAAUUUGAUCCACAAUUUUUGCUAGAGUAAUGCCUUGCAUAUGUAUAGAUUUGCAGAUGUCCAUUGACAGAAGACAAAAUAGCGUGUCAGGCACGGAUGUGAAUUCCAUGCAUACAGUAUUCAAGUUCAGUACAGCCAGACAGAAAAAAAAUGAAGCAAAAAAAAUGUAUUUUUAAACUUCUGCUAGUUAUUUAGCUGGCACUAUGUACAGAGGAAAUUAUGAAGAUAAGAUAAUCUCACAUUAAUUUUUAUUGUACCUCUCAUACCCCGACCACAUCUUUUUCCUCUUUCUCUGACUACCUUUCUUGCUGGUUUUCUCUCCCUCCCAUCUGUCUGAGGCCUGUCUGCCUGACCCUCAUGUGACCUCUCAAAUUGCUGUUAAUGUUUUAGCCUAACGAAUUAGUCUCUCAUCUCCAGCCAGGCCUUGCAAUGAGUGAAGGGGGCUCUGCUUUGAAAUUGGGGUCAUAUAAUUUGUGUGUGAGAGCAUCAGCAAGGGGUGGUGAUAUGCACGUGCGGGCACCAGCGCCCAGGGAUUAACUCCUUGGUAAUCAGAAUUGGCACAGCAGCAGCUCAUGAGACUUGCUAAAAAUGUACAGGGUUUAAUUAGAAGGGAAUUAGACUGGGUAAAGAGGCUGAGACUGCAAAAUAUUCCUUAGGGGCUGCUGUCAGACUGCUCGCUUUAUUACAGUCCCUGAGGCCAACACACAUGGCUGAGUGGUGUCUUGCAAUAAAUAGGCUAACCGUCGCAAUGGCAGCUGUACAUGUUAAGACACGCAUGUGCCAUUAGGAUAUUCAGUUGGAAUCGUGCAUUCCUGUGUAGGCUCUGUAUGAUGAUACUCACCCGCAGUCUUUCCUUGCAGAACGCCGUGCGUCACAACCUUAGCUUGCACAAGUGCUUUGUGCGAGUAGAGAACGUGAAGGGGGCUGUGUGGACUGUGGAUGAAUUGGAAUACCAAAAGAGGAGACCACCAAAGAUGACAGGGUAAGUUGGGGCUACUCUUUGCCAUUAUGGUGCAGCUACAACUUAUUCAUUGUUAACCUCUUAAGGACCAGAGGUGGAACAAAUCAACUGAUAUUUUACUAAUAUUAAUAUCACUGAAAAAAAUACACGUAAUAUAGCCUUAUUGCUAUUUUUAAUAAUAUAAAGGUUAAUAACAGGGUUAUUUUAGUUCAUCUCCUGACAUACAUUUGCUGUUUUAGGGCAGCAAUCUUUAGAUCUGUUUGGCCAGAAGCAGCACUGAUCUGCUAAGAUUGUGCACAAUUUAAAGAGCUGCAAGUGUCCCAGAGUGCAUUUCAGAGAUGCUAGGCAUUUGCACAUGAAGUCAGGAUUAAUGAAUGUACACUAGCUCUUGAUUUCCUGUAAAAAAUGUUUUUACUCGAUAAGCUGUGCUUCCAACAAAAUAUAACUUUAAGGUGAGCCUAGAUUUGCCAGGAGAUGCACUAGGUAGAUUUACUAACCAAAUAAUACACACAUAGCCUACAAUACAUUUUAAAUAACAUUGAAAAAAAUAACAGUUUUCCUUUAAAAGUCCAAUAUAAAAAUGGAAUGCCCCACUCUUUUAACAAAUAAGAGUGUCUUAUCAGGAUGGAUUUUAGGACCCAUAUCCUAUAUGUAUGGUCCUUAGGGGGUGAGCACUUUAUUUAUAGACAUUCCUGUUUGUGUAUGUGAAAAUGUAUGUAUUUAACCAGAGCAUCAAUAGUUUUGCAAGAGAACAAGGUAUUGUUACAGAUUAAAGACUACACUUUGCAAUCUCUUGCAUUUUCCGUUUACAAAAACUCACACUUCACACUUUGAAUUACGUUAUGCAACACAAUGGAUUAUGGCAUAAGCGUAACGUAGACAGGCUCCCCUGUAGUCAGUUUGAGGGCUCUGCUGUCAUCAAGCUAUAGGCAGCGAAGCAAACGUAGGGAAAAAAAAGAGAGAGAGAAUUUUAUCAGUAAUUAUUUGGUAUAAAUAAUUGAAGGAAUAAAACAUUUAAUGACAUGUUCACAUUAUGACUGUGUUUGUAAAUGAGAUGUGCUAUGUCCCAGAUGCAGAGAGUUAAGUUUUAUGAAGAGUGUGUUAACAUGUAUAUUGGUGCAAAUGUUGCCUUUCAUGUAGUUCUAGUAUAAUCCAAUGUAGAGCUCCCUUGUCAUGAUUCUUCACUAUGCCUUUAAAGUAUACUGAGAAUGUAUACUGCACAUGUGGGGCACAGAGGCCAUAAAUGUUACACGUAAAGAGUGGAAGACACAUGUUACCCAGGAUGGAAGCAGAGGGGAUUACAUGAAAGUCUUGUUACAUGAAAUAUGAGCAUUUCGUGUGGCAUGAGUGGGCAGCACAUCUAUAGCACGGAUAAUUUGGAGAACAUACCGUUCUAUUUAAAAUAAGCUGCUGUAUUCUAGUAGCAUGUUUUAACUUUGUAGGGACGUUGGUGGAUACAAUGUAUAGAUAAGUUGCUUGCUUUUUUUUCUCUAUCUUAAGGGUUCUAAAUCAGAAUUACUGGCAAUUCAAAGCGAAUUUCUAAAUUUAGCCCAAAAUUGAUUCUCUGUUCAGUUUGGCUAUUUUGGCCUUACAUUUGUAAUUCACUUUGAAUUUCUAGCAAUUCUCACUUCAGUGAAUAACACUGUAGGAACUGUUAAGAAUGAAUCUUGAAAUUUCAAGUUCUAUGCCACAAUUGAUGAGUGGACAUUAUAGUUGAAUUGAAUAAUUUUUGAUAUGUGUUUAUUUUGAAUGUAAAAUUGUCUAGUUAGUUCUGCUCAAUACUCAGUUCACAUAAUAUCCCUGUAACACUGUAAAUUUUUGACAAAACAGCAGUUUUAUACCAAACAUAGCCAGCAGAUAGAGCUAGAGUUACAUUUUUGUUCAGCAAACAUAAUCCAGUCAUUUGACGUGUUUUUGCCUUGACUCAUACUCAAUGCACUGAUGGAGAUUUUAACUAGACAACUCACUUGACUUUAUUUAAAAAUAAUUUUGGGGGUAUUUUACCCGUCAGUCUUUUAAUGUAUUGUAGCACUUUUGUGAAACAAAGUUUUAAUAGUUUGGAAUUAUUGCAGGAGCCCGACCCUUGUUAAGAAUAUGAUUUCAGGCCUGGGUUAUGGAGCCCUGAAUGCAAGCUAUCAGGUGAGAUACUACCCCAAUCCAUGUAAUUGUUGGGCUCUGAGUUAGCUAGCAUUUUUAUUCUAAACAUCUGUAUUUUUACCACUGUUUUUAUGUCCUCAAACAGGCGGCAUUGGCCGAGAGCAGCUUCCCACUUCUGAACAGCCCCCCACUGCUCAACAGCUCAGGCAGUGGCCUUCAUGGAGGACAUGAUGAUGUCACCAGCACUGGGGAACCUGGAAACAGCAAUGGUAGCAGCCCUCGCCUUUCUCCUCAGUACAGGUAUCGUCACCCUGCCCCACUCUGUUACAGUAUAUGUUUAGACUGCUUUAGUAAUACAGUAAUCCAAUACCAAAGGAAGUGAAUGUCAUAAUGUGCUUAUAAUGUACAGGAGCAGUGAAGAUCUCCUUAACACAAACCAUAAUGCAAUAUGAAAAAAGAGAGAAUAACACAAAAUGCUAGUCACAAUGCCAAAAGACAAAUGUGGCUAGUUGUGUUACCUGGAAAUAUACACCAGUCUAAUAAAAAUAUGCUAUAUACAUUGAAUUCAAGGAUUGAGAUGUCCCAAUAAGUGUGAGUUUAAAAAGUCAAGUAUGUACAAAAAUGUUCCAUAAUCCCUGAAGUGGUAUAAAGGUAUCACCAGCAUAUUCUUAGCAGCAGAUAUCCCCUCUGAGCUUUAUUUUGGCUGGCUCUAUGGGCUUCUGCAGUGCUAUACUAGUAAAUCUGAUAUACCAACCAAAACAAGGGACGGCAAGAAAUAAAUAGGGCUACCACUUUAAUAUUACCUGGAGUCUCUUCUCGGUACUUUAGUUGGUCUUUCACCGCUAUGUCCAGCGGAGAUGAACCAAUUUACAUAAUGCAAUAUGAAAUAGUAUGUAGUUUAUGUAGUAAGGAGUUAAGCUAUGGAUUAUCAAUCUGUAGUUGUGGUUUCUUUUUUGCGGUGGUGGUGGGGUUUCUGUGUGUGAUUGCCAGGUAUGACUGUAUUCUAAUGUCCCUAAAACAGUAGUGUGUGUGUGUUUAUAGAUAUAUAUUUGUGGUCAGAUAAUAUAGGGACCGUGAAAUAACUUGUGAUUAGAUCAAGUCGGUGUGGUGUGCCGAAACCGACGUAGGGGUAGGCCUGUAAAAAAAGAGGCCCCCCCGAAGGAAUUGUUUAGGUAUUAAGAGGAUGAGGUGGGUUGGGGUGAGAGAGAGAGAGACACACACACCCACACACACUAUUUGUGACAAUACACUGUCUUUUAGGAUCACAUAGUCCAAUACAAAAACAGUGGGUGAUGUCAGAAAUCCUGUUAGAGCAGACUAUUCAUUUCUAAGAUAAUCUGACAAAAAUAUUUAAACCUUGACAUAGUUGCUCUACUUCACAGCUCAAGCCUUCAAAAAGGUUGAAGGGGAAACUGCAGAAUUGCAGAACUGUGUCAGUUGAUCAAUGAUAGGUCAGGUCCUAUUCCAAUACACAUUAACAAUAUCCUUAUUUUCUAUUCCAGUCAACCAGUCCAUGUUAAAGAGGAACCAGCUGAAGAGGAUGUCAGGCCUGCCUUACUUUCAGCACCGACCAAUCAGAAAACAGUGCUGCCAGAUGAACGAGACCUGGAACCAGAGACAGCCAUGGAAGACUUGCCGUAAUGGUUUCUGAACCCAAUGAAUAAUUUUCCUUACCCCAAAGUCCAGCACUUCCACCAGAGACCAACUUUACCGUCUCCCCUAAGCCUCAUCCAGCCUGAACUGAGAGAGAAUGAACUUGACUCUCUCCCACUCCUUGGGGUCUUCCUCAGUCUGGCAGCACUUCAGUGACUUAUGGACUGGAGGGUGAAUUCCCACAAUCCUUUUCUCCCUUCAACAGAGUUGGAAUGCUACUAAUGACCUCUGACAUUGACAGGGUGGGGGUUCCAGUCCUGUGUAUUUAUCCCCCACUGCACAUUUUGGGAACUAUGAACUCCUCCUGCAACUGCAGUUAGGAACACCUCUGGACCACAUCCUCUGCCAUGCCCUUCAAUGCAUGCAGGAUUGGGGGUCCUUCCCUUGGCUCCCGCUCCCUAUUGCUAGCUGUUUCCCUGUCUGGUCAAUUCAGAAGGUACCAAAAAGAACCAGACUUUAUUUAUUUUGCUCUGCGUGUUUCGGAUCAAUUUUACUGCUGGCAUUCCUCACUCAUACAUGUGAGCACAUGGUACGCAAUACACAAGGACCCCUUAAUGCAUGGAUGCAGAUACAGCCACACUGUGUGCACAAAUUUACACCUACAUAUACAAACACAUGAUGUGCACAGUAGUACACACGUUGUAUGUGUGUACAAAGAUGUGUGCUUUAAAACAAGGGUAUACAAAGGGUUCUAUGUACAAAGCAACAUUGUGAGUGUCUAGAUGCCAAAUUGUGCACAGAGAUAUUGGCAUAAACUGCUCCAUAUUUGUAAAAUGCUAAAAUAAUACCUGGUGCUGUAUCUUUUGGAGAAAAAAACAAAAAGAUGGUCUUUUGUGGCCCUUAUUUCACAGUCACCAUGUAACAAAAUAUCAGAGAAAAUAUUAACUAAAAUACCAUUUUAUAGCACAGAUCUGGAAACUUCUGUGAUCUUGCAAAUGUAAUUCCACAUAUGUAGGAGUUUAAAUCAUGUGAAGAAAAAAAAAGUGACACUCCAUAGUAUGCUAGUUUGGAAAUGGAAAAUUGAUGAAAUAGACUUGUGCCAAAAAAGAUUAUUGAUGCUCUUUGCUAUGUUGGCCGUAUGGUGUACUUUCACAAAUUACACACAUCACUUAUACAUAGAUUUACAGAACCACGUUUGUAUGCAGUGUGUACUCAUGCAGAAACCCUCUCUUAUCUCAUAGAACUACAUCCCUUAGCACACACAGUGUUUGUGGGUUAUGAAUCAUAGUACAUGUAGGUGGGCUGAGACAUGUAAGAGGUAUUUCAACCUUGAAAGAAUGCCGCACUAUUGGGACCAAUUCACUUUCUACAUUCUAGAUAUGCUACAGAAUAAAAUCCAUGCUACGAAAACUGCCCAUUCUCAGCUCCAUACAUACAAUCCAUAAUAACACAAAAAUUGCUCAUGUACAAACUCACAGCUAUUUACAUUUUCACAGUUAUGGCUAAUUGAUCCACACAUAGUAACUGCCUUACACAUUCCUAAUCACAAGCAGACAUUUUCGAUUUGCGCAGUAAACCUAGAUGUUGCUGGUUCUCAUACACAUAUACAAGUUGUUACCUUACAUGGACACACAGAGACACUUACAAUUCACAAACACUAUAAUUUCUAAUGUUCCAAUGUAUUCGCAAACAUACAAUGUAUGUUCUAAGCAAUGACUAUGUUGUCCAAAAUGUCUAUUUGUCAUGUACAUACUGCCGUCACAUUUGUCGACACCGUCCCUUUUUCAGUAAAGGACUUGUAGGACUCUCCCUCCUGUGUGCUGCAUCCUCCUACCCCUCCCUGACCAAAGAUACCUCUCAUGCCAAAUAAACCAAAACCUCCUCUUACUUUGGCGUGGUGUUCAAAGGACACAGAAGAGAAUACAGAGGUCACCCAAAGCCAAUGGUACCAGUAUAUGUAUUACAGUCACAGAGUGUACCUAUCCCUCUUUGGUUUCUCCUCACUGUAUUUUACCUGCCUGUAUAAAUACACUUGUGGACCUGGUGUGUCCAUGCAUGUUGAGUGAGUGUGUGAGCGCAUUAUCUUUGCUUAGAAGAUUGAUUGGUGCUAUGUGUGAAUACCUCAAUGAUCAAUGGGGUAUAUUAAAAAAAUACUUUUUUAUUGGGAUCUUGUGGUUUUUAAACCAUCCUUUGAGAAAAAAACCAAAACACUUAUUAUUGAACCCCCCUCCUCUUGAAUAUGUCUGUGUCCGGGAGUAACAGUGCACACAACCUUGGUGUCGUCCCACAUUUGGAUCGAAGCAGGUCAAGCAGAGUACAAAAGAGUGCAUUAAAGAACAGGAUGACUAUAAGCAUAUAUGAUGUGAAAGCUAUAAAGAAGAGUGUAACUCCAGCAAAACGUCUCUACCUGAGCAGAGGCUGAACAGCUAGAGAGCUCACUUGGGUCACCGGACUCUGCUUAUGUCACUGAUUAGAACUGAAUUUAGUUUGGUUGCUGAUUUUCUAAUUAACAGUAGGUCUGGUAGAGGAGAGUCAUUUCAGUGGUUCAGUUAGAUGUUUAUGGCGUUGUGAACUACCUUUAAGUGCAGGCCAGAAACGGUUUCUGAUUGUACUAAAAAUUGUUACUUAUAAAGAUGCUUACAGCAAUGGGUUGUAAACCACAAGAUCCCUUUUGUUUUUUAUUUAAAUUUAGAAAUAAAAAGCAAUUUGCUUUUCAAAAAUCUAUUUUAUUUUCAUUUGCCGGGUUGAAACCUAAGAUUUCCAUUACCUUUAUACUUCAUUCGAGAAAGUAGCUCGAUGAGCUGUAAAAUAACGCUGCAGUCAAAAAAAUGUUUUCUCCAUUUGAAUAGUGUGCCGUAAAGUUUGGUCUUCAUGCUUUGUCAUGCUUCUUUGUUUAGCUAAUGGACCCAUCACUAACUGAGUUGUGCAAAACACAGGAGACCAUUACAGUAGAUGUCACAAGGGAUUGCACCAUAACAAAACCUCAGAACACACAAUGGAACAUGUCUUCACUGAAGUUUAAUCUAUUAAACUAGUCAGAUAGGUGUGUAUAUAUAGGUAUAUAUUCCCUGUUGGCCGUGGAUUGUUCUACAAAAGAUCUCCAACUUCUGGUAGUAAUAUGGCAGAUGUGACCUCAAUUAAAAUUGUUUAAUUCAUUUUAUUUUUUUUUAAGUAUGUCACAGAUGUAUGUAUGUAAUAUGGGAGUGUGUGUAAAUUUGAGCUUAUACACAUAGAUUCCAUGUGAGAAUCUACAAACAGGUACCACCCCAAGUCUAUUCAUUUGGAUCUGUCCCUGUGUUGUGACACUACUGCUGAUUGGUGGGAGGAGGGAAUAGGCAGGACAUAUUACCUCAUGCUCUGGGUCGGCUGAUCAGUGUUGUGGCUUCUGAUACUGUGCCAGCAUCAUUUGUAUGCAUGGGCACAGAUUCCUCGUGUACAAUAGGUUCUAGGUGCAUGAAACAUGUAUGGACAUUGGUAUAUAUAACACGCAAUAAAUAUAAUUGUGUCACAGAUCCUUCUAACUGUGUAACAGUAGAGGCCUCUUUGAUCAUGUCUAGCUAAGUCUGUAAUAACCAAUUUAAUAUUGGCAUUUCCUGAUGAGUGUAUAUUUUUACAUAUUCAACAUUUAGAACUAUACGGGCACAUUCUGCGCACCAAGUCAAAAAAUAAUAAAAUAAAAAUACAGAUCUGUCACCUGAAAAAAAAAAUAAUUACAUCAUUCAACAGAGCAUACAAAACAAGUUAUAAAUGAUGUUAACCUAUUUUAAGAGGGGUUUUAAGAUAUUUUAAUGAUAGGUUUUAGUUAACCUACCUGCUGAUUAAACGUACGCUCCGGACAUGUUGAAACCACAUCCUGUUUCCUGAUUUGUUCACUCGGUACACAACAUCAGUUAUAAAAUAUAUUGCAAAGAUUAAGGAUGAAAAAAAUGAUUGACCAAAAGAAGCCACUGUGCUUACUUGGAAAUAUUUUAUUUAAAAAAAAAAUUUGUAAAAAAAAUCAGAAAAAUGCAAAACCACAAUAUUUAAAAUAUAUAUAUAUAUAUAUACACUAUUGUUUUCAAUGUGGUUGUAAUUGCUUUUUUUGUCUGGUGACAGGUCAAGUUCCCAUAGAUUCUGCUAUAUAUGGAGAAAAGCUCUGUCAGUGUAUAAUCAAGUAAUACAUUGACAGAAAUUGUUACUUUAACAAGGUAAAUACCAGCAUCACUACAAAGAAAACGCUAAUAGUGGGUCCUUCUGAAAUCUUCAAGAUCAGAAUCAAUAAAUUUGUUAUUGAGAAACAUACUUGUUUUUAAGUUUGCCGUUUUUAAGUUUGUUGGUAAUAAAGGUGGAGAAAAAGACUGAGGGGGAGAUUGAUGCAAAUUUAAUGAUCUUAAGAGAGCUGCAAAAUUGUACAAAUGGAGCAAUCAACAUUAAAACAUUCCAAAGGUUAUUACUCUCCACUUUUACAAAUUUGCACCACAUUACUGUUCUCACAUAAACAAAUAACCCCUAGGUAUCAACUCUGUGAAAAAUAUAUUGUGCUAUAAAUUUAACCUGAAGAGAGAAAACGGCUUAAGAUUUUUUAUGUGUUCUUUUUUUAAAUUUUUUUUGUUUCUCUCCCAUGAGUAUAUGUUUUGUGUAUUUUAAAAGCACUUGCUGCUGUAAUUUAUUAUUAAAAAAU